CUGGCUAAUGGAGAGAAACAGAAAAUGGGGCAGAGCUCUGUCGGAUUCACUUGCUUAAAUUCGAUGUACACAAUCUCUCAACUUCAUGUCAUUCUGGCAGAAUAAACUUCGUUUUGGUCAUUAAACCUUGCCAAACGGAGCAUCCUUGAAAUAAGUAAUCUACGGCAAAUUCCGAAUUUGUUAUGAGCUGAAUCCUCCAUUAUGGACAGUGAUCUGAGCCCACAGGACAAGAAGGACCUGGACAAAUUUAUCAAGUUCUUCGCUUUGAAGACGGUGCAGGUGAUCGUUCAGGCUCGUCUCGGAGAGAAAAUCUGCACCCGCUCUUCGUCUUCACCGACCGGCUCUGACUGGUUCAAUCUAGCAAUAAAAGAUAUCCCAGAAGUCACACAUGAGGCUAAGAAGGCGCUGGCUGGACAGCUGCCUGGCAUUGGCAGGUCUAUGUGUGUGGAAAUCUCCCUCAAAACCUCAGAGGGAGAUUCAAUGGAAUUGGAGACAUGGUGUCUGGAGAUGAAUGAGAAAUGUGACAAAGAUAUCAAAGUGUCCUACACUGUAUACAACAGACUGUCGUUACUGCUCAAAUCACUGCUUGCCAUCACAAGGGUGACCCCAGCCUACAAACUGUCACGAAAGCAAGGCCAUGACUAUGUCAUCCUGUACAGGAUAUAUUUCGGGGAAGUCCAGCUUGCGGGUCUUGGAGAGGGUUUCCAGACAGUGCGUGUGGGUAUAGUGGGGACUCCCAUUGGUACCAUAACCCUCUCCUGUGCUUACAGAACUAACCUGGCCUUCAUGUCCACCAGACAGUUUGAGAGGACAGCCCCUAUUAUGGGGAUCAUUAUUGAUCAUUUUGUUGAGCGUCCCUUCCCCAACUUGGGACACAUGCACCCAUGCAACUAUAGGACUGCGGGCGAGGAUGAGGGAGUGGCCUAUGUUGGGGUGGAGGAUUCCCAGGAAGUGUGCACCACCUCCUUCUCCACCUCACCCCCUUCACAGCUCUACAGCUCUCGUCUUUCCUAUCAGCCCCCUGUGGUUGGAACUGCUGAUCUCUGCUGCCCAGCUGUCUUUACUGCUGCCCAUCCACACCAGAUGGUGAUCCCGGGGAAGGAGGGUGGCGUGCCGCACAUGCCCAUGCACCCCUGUCAUGGUACCCAGGCGGAGCACGGCAGGGUCCCCUCUUGCCCCGCUGUGGACCCUGCCCAUCACAACCCCACCACACCCUCCAGCAGCAGUGAGGACACAGCAGCGCUGUCUCAGAGCAGUGAGGGGAGGAGCGCACCUGCCUCAGACGCGGAGACCACCUUCACCAGGAAAGUGGGGGCCUUCGUCAACAAGCCCAACGCACAGGUCACCGUGGCUAGUGUGGAUUUGCCGUUCGCUGCUUUUGCUCCAAAGGCCUUUGAGCUAGAGGAGAAUGACCCCAUGGUCCAUCCCCCUGAGUCGCCAGCCCCCGCCUCCCCUCUGCAGGGCAGCCUGCACUCCCAGGACUCGAGCGGCAGCAGCGGAAACACACAGGAUGACUUCGUCAUGGUGGACUUCAAACCCGCCUUUUCUAAGGAUGACCUCCUUCCCAUGGACCUUGGCACCUUCUACAGAGAGUUCCAGAACCCCCCGCAGCUGGCCAGUCUCUCCAUUGAUGUCAGCGCACAGUCUAUGGCUGAGGAUUUGGACUCAUUACCAGAGAAACUGGCCUUGUUCGAGAAGAACAUUGAUGAGUUUGACGCAUUUGUCGACACCCUCCAGUAGGUCCCGGAUCACGGCCCCCCGCCGACCGUCAUCUCCCCUCAUGCCAAAAAACUCCUUGAUCUACCCACCGGAGUCAGUUUUCCUGUUAUUUGUAUUGUUUUGAAGAGGUGGUCACAUGGGCCUAUCUUUCUAGACUUCAGGUGAAUAAUUUAUUUUUUCUCUGGUCUUCCCCAGCUUUGCAAACGUCAGCUAUUACAGAGUUGGUGUUUUUUGUUCUAAAAUAUCAGUGCAGAGCUCUAUUCUGAACAGUAAGAGUCAAAAUCAAUUGACUCACCAACAGUUCCACCUCUGAAGAUGUUCUGUUGCUCCUCCUGUAUACAGUAGCUACUGUAGAGGUUUUUGCUGGUUAGAUGUUGUACAGUGUUCCAGCCACAAAUGUAAAUUCUACUUUGUCUUUCACUCACUGUUAUGUAACCAAGCCAAGAAAAGAGAGAUGCACAUUUCAUCACAGAGGUUGUAAUGUCAGCAUUGUCUAGAAUACUUUGUAACACUGACAAUAUUCUUAAUACCUGUUGUAGAGGCAGACACUACCAUGUUUAAAUGUUAGAGAGGAAUGGAUAGGGAAUGCAGACAGGCAAUUCACUGUAUGGGGAAAAGCCAGAAAGACUUUCAUUGUAAUAUUUUCAUGUUAUGUCAUAAUUGAGACUUGCUAGGGGCUUUCCAGCAGAAAGGAACUAGGCCAAGCGGAGGAUGUUUUUUUUUGAAAACUGAAAUGCAGCCGUUCGUGCUGACUUGGUCCUAUUUCUGCUCCAAACAUAUUAGUUGUAAGGGAACAGUCACAGUAAUAAGAAAUAAGAAAAACUACAGCAUAUAGUGUCUGAAUCAUCAUGUUUGAUCACAGUAAGAUGCUACAGAUUUUUGUCUCAUUGUAAUUAGUGGUUAUCCCUUUAGCUUUAGAAUAAUUUUAUCCUGCAUUUCCCCUGUCAGCCUCAAGCACCUACUGUUUC